UGACCCUAGAUAAAUCUGGUGACUGGUGGUGUAAUGAUCCAACUCGUUUUCAUACCAUUCAGGUUCCCGGGUGCUUCUGUGGUGCAUGGCGGUCUGCUGGAGAAAGAGCAUCUGUAGCUGAGCAGAAGGAUGGAGAGUUUGGGAUUGCAGGCUGUUGCCCUCAGUGAUGGCUCCACAGCCUACAUUGAACAAGCCAUCAAAGAUGGCAACCUAGUGGAAGGCGAUACUAUUCAGUUGGAGGAUGGUACUACAGCCUACAUUCAGCAGGUUACUGUACAGCAGAAAGAGCCCCUGCCCUUUGAGGACGGCCAGGCAGUGCAGCUGGAGGACGGGACCACGGCAUACAUCCACCACACACCCAAAGACGGGUAUGAUCCCAGUGCGGUGGAGGCGGUGCAGCUGGAGGAUGGCAGCACGGCGUACAUCCACCACCCCUCGGGCCUGCAGACUGGCAGCACCAUCCUGACUUUGCAGCCAGGGGGUGGCCUGGAGGAGCUAGCUACAGACGACACUGUGGACACAGACACCAUCACCACCCUAGAGAACUACGCCAAGAUGACGGGGUCUGAGGUAGAGGUGGAUGAGACCAUGAGCAGUACCAAUGGACUGCAGGACAUAGAGCCUAUUGUACAGGUGAUGGGGUCGUGGGGUUCCCCUAAGGGUCAGCAGACGGCUGAGAAGACAUUCCGCUGUGACUACGAGGGCUGUGGACGUCUCUACACCACAGCACACCACCUCAAGGUGCAUGAGAGGGCUCACACAGGUGUCCGGCCAUACAGGUGUGAUGUGUUGACGUGUGGAAAGGCGUUCGCUACAGGUUACGGCCUGAAGAGUCACCUACGGACACACACUGGAGAGAAACCAUACAAGUGUCCUGAAGACAUGUGCUUCAAGGCCUUCAAAACCUCCGGAGACCUCCAGAAGCAUGUCCGCACACACACAGGUGAGAAGCCGUUUAAGUGUCCGUUUGAAGGUUGUGGUCGUUCCUUCACCACCUCUAACAUCAGGAAAGUCCACAUCAGAACACACACAGGAGAACGCCCCUACAUGUGCCCUGAACCAUCCUGUGGACGAGGCUUUGCCAGUGCUACCAACUACAAGAACCACAUGAGAAUACACACAGGGGAGAAGCCCUACCUGUGUACAGUCCCUGGUUGUGGGAAGCGAUUUACAGAGUACUCCAGCCUGUACAAGCACCAUGUGGUUCACACACACUGCAAACCUUACACCUGCAACCACUGUGGCAAAACUUACAGACAGACCUCCACGCUGGCCAUGCACAAACGCACCACGCACGGAGACUUUGAGGCCACAGAGGACGGGGAAGAAGCGGUGGAUGACCAAUCACAGGCCUCCUUCCUGGAGGGGGCGGAGCAGAAAGAGGAUGGGUCGGAUUCCCAGGUUAUCAUUGGUUCUCAGGUGGGUCUAUCGACAGAGGACCUACAGGCACUCAGCACGGCCAUCACCAUGGUAACGCAGGACGGCACAACCAUUUCCCUGCCGACCCACCAGACAGACAUGGCCGCCAUGGGACACCACCACAUCACCAUGGUUACAGAGGAGGGCAAGGAGCUGCAGCCGGUUGCCAUAGUGACAUCGGAGGGUAUUAUGACAGGCGGCUUGCAGGGCUCCGGCCCUCACUACCAGCAGGUCGCACUGCUGGCCACGGCUAACGGCACCCAGAUUGCUGUUCAGCUGGAGGAGCAGCAGACGUUGGAGGAGGCCAUCAGCAUGGCGACAGCUGCCAUCCAGCAGGGAGGGCUGGUUCAGGACGAGGACACAUGAGAGGGGAUCUGCUGAGACACACCUACCUCCCCCAAACAGAGCAUCUUUCCCUGGGUACGACACGGUACCUGCUUAGCGCCAACCAGCUCCCCAGCACUCCUGGAGCCCUGUCUCCUGCAACAGGCACAGAGUGAGCAGAACUCCUAUCUCGGAACCAAUCAGAGAGAGACUCCGAGAAGCUGUUGUCAUGGAGACUGGCUUUAGAAUGUUCAGAUGUGAGCAGAUUGAUCUUUCUUUGUUUGUUUUAGCCACAAUACAGUAGCAUACUCAUCCUGCUGCUUCUGAGAAGCAGCACCUGCACUAAAGCUAGCUCCAGUUUGAUUUUACCUCUAGUCUUCAUAAUCAUGAUACAAUAAAGGAUAAAAGCGUCUGCUAAAUGGCAUAUCAUGAUACAAUAAUGGGUAAAAGCGUCUGCUAAAUGGCAUAUCAUGAUACAAUAAUGGAUAAAAGCGUCUGCUAAAUGGCAUAUCAUGAUACAAUAAUGGAUAAAAGCGUCUGCUAAAUGGCAUAUCAUGAUACAAUAAUGGAUAAAAGCGUCUGUUAAAUGGCAUAUCAUGAUACAAUAAUGGAUAAAAGCGUCUGCUAAAUGGCAUAUGAUACAAUAAUGGAUAAAAGUGUCUGCUAAAUGGCAUAUCAUGAUACAAUAAUGGAUAAAAGCGUCUGCUAAAUGGCAUAUCAUGAUACAAUAAUGGAUAAAAGCGUCUGCUAAAUGGCAUAUCAUGAUACAAUAAUGGAUAAAAGCGUCUGCUAAAUGGCAUAUCAUGAUACAAGAACGGAUAAGUGUCUGCUAAAUGGGCAUAUCGUGAUACAAGAACGGAUAAGUGUCUGCUAAAUGGGCAUAUCGUGAUACAAGAACGGAUAAGUGUCUGCUAAAUGGGCAUAUCGUGAUACAAGAACGGAUAAGUGUCUGCUAAAUGGGCAUAUCGUGAUACAAGAACGGAUAAGUGUCUGCUAAAUAGGCAUAUCGUGAUACAAGAACGGAUAAGUGUCUGCUAAAUAGGCAUAUCGUGAUAGCAGACGCUUUUAUACGUUCUUCAAAUUGGCAUAUCGUGAUACAAGAACGUUUGUUUUGGUUUUGUAUUUGUCUGAUUGCAGUGAGUUUUCCAGUACUGUGUACUUCUGCGUCUACUCUGAAGUUUUGGUUUGAAGAGUGCUCUUAAACAGAUGGAUUCUUUCAACUGAAACACUUGUGAAACUGUUCAGAGGUAGACUGUCUGUCUGAGGAGCUAAAAGUUGGCCUUGUCUACGUCAUUGAAGAAAUGAACUGCAAAAUCAGCGGUGUCAAGCUGCAACGUGUAUCUGGAUCUAUGCUGACAUUGCCGAGGUGUACAUUUGUCAAUAAAUAGCUUUACCGUU